CUGAAGGGUGCAAUUGGUACAAUAAUUAGCUUGUUUAGUAUGUAGAGUUGGAUGAACAGUAUUUAGAAAUAUCCGUUUGAAAGAUUGUCGUGUACAUUUCUCAUUGGGCUGUUUUGAUCUCGUGUUUACUCGUUUUGGGCGAGUUGGCAGGAAAGAGACGGAAGGAACCAUCUCGGCUGAUGACGACGGUGCCCGAGCGAGAGAGCCGUCGCAAACAUCAGUCGGAAAACAGAAUCCUACUCCCAUUGAGGCACCCCAGCGUGAGCGAGCGAAACGAACGGCUGGGCGAUUGGGUGCGCCGCGACGCAACCGAACAGUGUUUAUGACAGCUGCUUUUGACAUACCGUCUCACCACGAGCUGACUUGCUGACCGAUCCACCACCAAAACAGCCCCACACGAGCAAGCAGCCCACCAACCAUCGUUAAAAGAACAUUAUUUACGUAUUUAAUUAUUGCUGCUGCUCAAGCAAACUGGCUGCGCUUCUACUAUUAGCAGCAAGUUCGUUCGUUCGUUCGCUCGAAUCGUCGGAACGGAUGGUCAUUACUUUAUACGCCGCGCCGCGAGUGAGUUCGAUUCCGAGUGUGUGUCACCAGCAGCUUUAGGUGAAUCGAAAGCGAGGAAAAAAUUUAUUGUUGUGUGAUCGUCUUUCAAUCAUCCUAAUACAGUACGUGCUCGAAAAAAAAAAGAAGUGUUAAUACAAAGGCCUCUGCUGAGUGCUGAUAGAGAUGAUCAUCGUUUGUCUAUAGGACUGUUGUAGGAAGAGGAAAAUUUGCAUGUGUUGUGAGAAACGAGCAUCGUCUUGUCGUCGGAGUGAAGAGUGAAUAGUGCGCUGCAGCAGCAGUCGACGGAGAUCUCCGGGAGUCAAUUAAUUGGGGUACCUAAGUGGAAGCUAGCUCUUCGGUAGGGCCAAGCUACAUAUCUGCGUUUACAAAGUGUGCCAUCAAAUAGCAGUUCGUUGUCUAGUACCGAGUCGACGGCGACGACGACGAGAGGAAGGUGAAGGUCGUACGUCCAACUGAGAAUCGUCAGUUUCUGGAAGCGAAAAAGGCAAACGUCGAAGCUAGUAGUUCUAGUUGAGCGUGAUUACGGAAGUUCGAUCGCGCGCGAGAGACAGAGAGCAACCCGUUCAAGAUCAAUGCCAAAGGCGGAGCAGCAGUACUAGACGCAGAAACGGGACGGCAGUAAAGUACAACUACAACUAUCAAUCACCUCGAAGAGAGUAGCACAUAAUGAGACUCGCUCGAUGAUAGUGAAUCGGUUUUGGCUUUUUAGUUUUGAUUUUCCGUCUGGAAUCUUCCGGGGUACAAGUCGGUUCGGUUCUAAAACAUCCUAAAUCUUAGUGUUCCGACGUGUCGUGGACGUACACCGACCUUGUGUGAGAGUGCGUGCGUGUGUGUGGCGUGGCAGCAGAGGGCGCGAGGAAAUGAAACCUCCCCAAUUCGUACGAGCAAUCGGAAGCUGGCUUCCCGUGACUUUACUGCUGCUGCUAGUCGUGUUUGUGUCGUGCUUCGGCGCUGCCGAUGACAUACAACCCAACUCAAGGCAAACCUAUUCAGCACAACAGCAUCAACAUCAACAGCAACAGCAUCAGCAGCACAAAGUUCCCUCACAUCAGCAGCAGCAGCAUCAUGAUCAGCGUGGCAGCAGCAGCAGCAACAGCGGAUCUCGAGGUGAUUCGGUAGGAUCACCUGCUGCCAGCUCUGCUGCCAAGGCAGACGGUGCCGGUGCAGACAGUUCAAAAUCGUCACCUUCCGGUGGAGGAGGAGGCGGUGGCGGCAGCAGCAAUCGGAUGCUGGAGACCCGCAACUCCUACGCCGUGCUCAGCCAGGCUAUGUCCCAAGCCGUUCAUCAUGAAUUCGGUAUGUAUCACGAGAAGCGUUCGCAGCUCUCCCCCUUAUUUCAAUAAAUAACUAAACGAUUGAGCACACCGCAUGCAC